GGCCAUUAGCGUACGAACACUGAUACGAAUUGCGCGACUUGACAAAUAAUAAUAAUUAUUAAAUAAAUGAUACAUAUGGGUAGUUAAUUAAAAGAACUACUCGUUAUAUUUAUUUAUUAUUCUGGUAUUUUCUAAGCCAAAAGUGAAAUAAUAUAAACUUUAAGCUUAAAAAUAUCGGAGCUAUAUAAUACGUGUUGUUGUUUUUUUUUUUUCUUUUUUUCCAAUACCCCUCGUACUCCGUACUAGUGGACACUGAAGGUGAUGGUCGUAAUAAUUUAUACCAGUAACUUCAUUAUCAUCAAUUCAAGUGUUUAAUUAUAAAUUCAAUAAUCACUGAGUAAAUUUAAAACAAUUAGAUAAUUGACAAUAAAUAUUAUUAUUAGUAUUAUUAUUAUUAUUACUAUUGUUGUUGUUACUACUAUUAUUAUUAUUAUUAUUAUCAUCUGAAGCGAAGGAGUAUUUUAGUAGUCAGUAGAGGUAGCGUCAACCAUAUUCGUGUUAUAGUUUCGUUACUAUUACCAGUAAUCUCUUUCAUCAUCAAAAUCAUUAAAACGCGUCUCUGCGUUUUGUUUAAUUACUCGAACAAAGUGAGUAUCAAUGUUGUCUGGCAAUGGUGUGUAAAGAGAACGUCGUGUCAUGGUUUGGAAACUUAUCCAGUUAUAAGAGGAUCGACAUUAUGUGCACAUUGUUAAAUAUGUGCCUGCCAUUUGAAGUUCGAUAUCUUGGAACCUGCAUUGAAGAUCGGGGAAAACGCGAUUACAAUGAUUUGCGUGACACCGAGCAUCACGCCAACAAUGUUGCAGAUUUGGCGGAACUCGCUAAAUCUGGAGGUGUCACUGACACUAGAAUUCGUCGCAAGCUUGUUUUAUAUGUAGCCCUUCUCCAUGGAUGCAAUUAUGAUUGUGCCACUGAUUUUUACAAGUGUCUCGCAAAUUUUGACACCCAGGAGUUGGCUAAUUUAUUGGCUGCAGCUGGCCAGGAUGAACAAUCUCUUGAAGAAUUGAUACUAUUGUACACAAUGGCGCUCAACCAUCCGGCUUUUACUUAUGAGCAAAAGGCUAUUUUUGGUAAUAUUUUUUUAAAACUUCAAGAGGAAGAGGAAUCCAGAAUUAUCAAUAACAAUAUUAAACACCAGCCGGUUAAUGUCCAAGGACUGGAACUUCAAACAGGUAAUUGUAUAAUGCCACCACCGAUUCAACACUACGGUGACAUGCAAUUUCGUAAUCCAAUGGUAAGUGGAAUACCACCUGGACUAUCGAUGCCUCCACCACCUCCAGGGCUUUGUUUGCCACCUGAUCAGAUGAUAAAUCCUCAAAAUCACACACCUGGUCAGUAUCUCCACUUGGGAUUCCCAGCGAUAAAUUCAAUGCCCUGGACAGGACAGACACCAAUGAUGAUUGGUAAUAAUCAUCACCAUCAUCACCACCACCAGAUGAUGUACCACACAGUAACACCAGGAGACAUGAUUGUCUAUCCAGCAUCACCUCUGGUGAGUCGUCCGUCUUCACCGAUUCAGCAUCCACCACCACCACCACCACCACCACCGUCUAGAUCUCCACCGAGUCGCAGUAAUUCUCCAAACCGUCGUACCAUGCGAACGUGGUCAUCUGCUGAAGAACGUUCCAGUGGAAAUAUCAAUCAGACAAAUACUACAAGCUGUACCAGCAACAGUAGUAGUUGUUGUAGUAAUAGUAGUAGUAGUAGUAGUAGUAGUAGUGGUGGUAGUAGUAGUAGUAGUAGUAGUAAUAAUAGUACUACUACUGUGUCUACUGCUGGAAGAAAUGUUAACGUAAAUCCCAAUCAAACAUCCGUUCCAAGAUCCGUUGUUGUUGUUGUUACUUCAGGAACUCUUCAAUCGACAACGCCAACAUCUGGCACAUAUUCGCGACAUAACAGUUUAACUGGUGGUAGUAUUUCUACAACUUGUACGGGGGUUAAAAAUCCUCCCAAGUUAAAGUCACCCUCGAGUUCAAUUUCAGGAAGUACUGGUGGAUCUACCACAGUCAAUAAUGAUACUCUUCGUGAAACUCUCGGCAAGGAAAUGCCAAAUUACAAGGCUUGUUUACAAAAUUACUCAAUGGAAGAGAUAAGAAGGAUAAGUGACGAGGAACUGAGAGAAAUAGGCUUAACACCAAAUGCAGUAGGUCAAUUGAGAAGCAUUGUGCGUUCUCAAAGUUCUAAUUCAACAAACGGAGCUCAGAGUAAUCAAAUAAUUGCCGACCAAAAAAAUAAUAAAGUUGAGAGCUUUUUGGCAACUGAGCAAACAGCAGAUGAGGUGACACAGCAGCAGCAGCAGCAACAACAGCAACAUCAGCAGCAACAGCAACAUCAACAGCAACAACAACCCCAACAACAAGGUCAAGUAUCUAAUGAAUUUUACAACAGUAAAUUACCAGGAGGAUUGCCAUUUUUCCAAGACUUUCAUCAAUCAAUUCAUCACCACCAUCACCAUCAUCAUCAUCACCACAGUCAUCUUGCAAAUAUAACAAGUAUAAGACGAUACCAGACAAUGCAACCGGGACCACCGCCUCCUCCACCGACAAUGGACCCGAAUCAGCAACUAUCUCUAUUUCAUUCAGCUCCACCCUCAAUUUACGCCACACAAAAUCCUUGCUACGCUUGUUUAACAGUACCAGCAGCGGCUGCUGCUACUUCAACUGUUCAAAAUCGUUAUCCCAGUAGGUGUAAUGCACAACACAUGUACUGUGUGGCCCAAUUGCAAGCAUUGAGAUUAGAUGCAGACAGUAGUCGUCAUGGCUCACAAAGCAGCAGCUCAGAUAGUUCUACUGGAAGUAGGUCACCUCCAGGAACACCACCAGCAGUUCCUUGGCCAGGAAAUUCAACAUUUAUAGCCAGUAGUACAAUUAUAAAUGAAAAUACAUCACUAUCAACAACAUCGACUACAACAACAGUUUCAGCAGGUUCAAAUUCAUCUGAGCAAUCACCAAGCAGUUCUUCGGUACUCUCUUAUUCUACAGUAGCAGUAUCCCGACAAAAUACUUCAAGUUCAAUCCAGUCACAGCAGCAGCAGCAGCAGCAGCAGCAGCAGCAACAGCAGCAACAAAUCAACAAUGACAGAACACGAAGUAUGAAAAAAAAUCAAACGAUGAGACAAAAAAAUCAAAUAAUAAUGAAUGGCGUAACUAAUAAUUCAAAUGCCUGUUCAGUAUCAACUGGAGCAAUUCCACCUGCAUCGUCGGUAAAUUUAUCAACGCCGGUACCAUCACCACAACAACACUGUGGUAUAUCUGGUAUAUCUGGUAUACCUGGUAUGUCUGGUAUGUCUGGUAUGACUGGUAUGUCUGGUGGAUUCCCAACGGGAAAUCAUCCGCAAAUGACGUUUUUACCACACGGUAAUCAUUUUCCUGGUACAACUCCAAGAUUACCGCUUAACAGUACUAAUAUUUAUUCGAGCGGUUAUUCUCAUACUAUUUACUCGAGACCUACGGUGUCAAUGGCGCCGGCGGGGUUCCAACCAACAGUAUCUCCACAGGGCUUUCAGUCAAAUGGUGAAAUAAUAUAUCAGUAUCCAGGACAACCAGCCGGUACGCCACCACCACCUCCACCGCCUCUCCCACCACCAGGUAUCGUGACAGGUUUAAUGCCAGGUCUUCCCAUUGGUCAUCAUCAGCCCCAGCAGUCUCAUCAUCCGCAUCAUGAUCACGGCCAACAGCAGCCUCAUCAGCCUAAGAUUUCAUGUUACAAUUGCGGUAGCAACAAUCAUCUUGCAAUCGACUGCAAGGAACAAACUAUGGAAGAUCUUACCAAGCGAGCUCAAUACCGACUGGAUUUUAAAAUACCCAAGCCGACAAAUCCAGAGUGUCCCAGCGUCAGCGAUGAAUAAAGAGACACACAAGCUCGUUUUCAUAAUAAUAAUUAUUAUUAAAUAUACAUUAAUAUUCAUAAUAAUAAUAUUAAUCGUUACGAGUGUAUUACAAGUUUGGGGGUAAGCCCAAAUUUUCUUUUUUUUUUUUUUUUUAUAAUUUUAUUUUAUUUUAUUAACCGUGAGAUUUAGGUCAUCGUGUGUUAAGGACAUCGGUGUGACUAUCGUUGAUAUAAAUAUUAUAUAUAUAUAAUAUUUAUUUUUAAGAGUUAACAGUAUCUCAAAACCUGCCAAUUAAUUUGUAUUAUAUAUCAGCUACUAAUGACGUGUAAAUUAAAAAAAAAGAAAAACAAAAAAAAAACUGAAA